CACAAAACUCAUUCCUGUUUGUGGCAUGCAAGCAUAUGUCAAGGACUCAACCGUUCGACCAGUGUCGCAGGUUAUGCAAGCAUACUGUAUAUUUGCAUAAACAGGGUGCUUACGAACACUGCGCUUUGAAAUGCUGUAUGGAUCAACGUUAAAAUCCUUCGUCAUACAAUAGAAGCUGCUUGUCCACACAGUGUGUGGCCCAGCCGUCAUCCCUAAUUGCACAUUUCUUCUACUGAAUAUAGGCCGGAAGCUUGACCAAAACAAAUGCUGGCUCCUUCGCUGAGGUCAGGCCGCAUGGCUUGGAAGUCGGGACCAUGCUUGCGCAUAGCUGCCCCAAGCCGAAGGAUAUGCGUGGAUGUACACGCGGCUAAGAAGAAAAGCGGUCCUAAGACGGCAGCCCCACCCUCCACGGGUCCCGCUCGAGGAGGCGGCGGCGGCGGUUCCGCUGCAGGCACUGCCACCAAGUACAAGAGCCCGGGGGAAGUACGACAGGGCGGCGCAUACAAGGAGGAGACUCGCAAGAUCAUCUUGUCCAUGGAGCGAGUGAGGAAGGUCGCUCCGGGCGGCAAGGAGCUGCUCAAGGGAGUCAGUCUGGGCAUGUACCUGGGCGCAAAGAUCGGCGUGCUGGGUGCCAACGGAGCAGGCAAGUCCACCCUUAUGCGCAUCCUGGCUGGGGUGGACACCGCGCUGGCGGACGGACGCAUCGUGGCGACUCCCGGACUGCGGGUGGGCUACCUGCCGCAGGAGCCGGAGCUGAACGAGGGCGACACGGUUCUAUCCAACAUCGAGCCGGCACUCGCUGCCGUACGAGCCAAGCUAGCGCAGUACGAGGCGCUGAGCUUGCAGAUGGGCGAGCCCGGUGCGGACCUGGACGCGCUGUCGAACAAGAUGGACAGGCUGCAGGCUGAGCUGGACGCAUGCAACGGAUGGGAGGUGGAGCGCACGCUGGAUCAGGCCAUGGACGCGCUGCGGUGCCCCCCGGGGGAUGCGCUGGUGAAGCACCUGAGCGGCGGCGAGCGGCGCCGAGUGGCGCUGUGCCGCCUGCUGCUGUCGGCCCCGGACGUGCUGCUGCUGGACGAGCCCACAAACCACCUGGACGCGGAGAGCGUGGCGUGGCUGGAGAGGUUCCUUGCUGAUUUCAAAGGCACGGUGGUGGCGGUGACACACGACCGAUACUUUUUGGAUAACGUAGCGGGUUGGAUCCUGGAGUUGGAUCGAGGCGCGGGAAUCCCCUUUGAGGGCAACUAUUCGGAGUGGCUUGCGGCCAAGGCCAAGCGGCUGGGUCAGGAGGCGAAGCAGCAGGCGGCGCUGGACAAGGCGAUAGCGGAGGAGCUCGAGUGGAUCAACAAAAAGGCCAAGGGCCAGCAGAAAAAGGGGGCGGCCCGGCUGAGGCGGUACGACGAACUGGUGGCACAACAGGCGUCGUACGUGAAGGCGGCGCAGUUGGACAGCAUCACAAUUCCGCAGGGGCCUCGACUGGGGGGGCUCGUACUCGAGGCCGAGUCCCUGCGCAAAUCCUUCGAUGACCGCCUCCUCAUCGACGAUGCAACCUUCAACAUCCCGCCAGGUGCCGUUGUGGGUAUCAUUGGCGGCAACGGAGCCGGCAAGUCCACCCUCUUCCGCAUGAUCAUGAAGCAACAGGUCCCCGACGGCGGGAACUUGCGGCUGGGAGAGACGGUUGUGCCCAUGUAUGUGGACCAGAGCCGGGAGUCACUGGCGGCGGAUCGUACGGUGUACGAGGAGAUCGCUGACGGCAGGGAUGAGGUCGACCUGGGCGGGCGGCAGGUGUCUGCCCGCGCCUACUGUUCCUGGUACAACUUCAAGGGGGGAGACCAGCAGAAGAAAGUGGGCAGCCUGAGCGGCGGCGAGCGCAACCGCCUCCACUUGGCCAAGACCCUGAAGCAGGCGGGUAACCUGCUGCUGCUGGACGAGCCCACAAACGACCUGGAUGUGGACACGCUGCGCUGCCUGGAGGAGGCCAUCUUGUCAUUCGCGGGCUCCACCCUCCUCAUCUCACACGACCGCUGGUUCCUGGACCGAGUGGCCACACACAUACUGGCCUUCGAGGGGGACUCCAAGCUGCAUUUCUUCACGGGCGGCUACAGCGACUACGAGGAGGACCGCCGCCGCCGUCUGGGUGCCGGCAGCGCCCCCCAGCGGCUCAAGUUCAGGAAGCUGGCUGCAGCUUAGAUGAACCGGCCUAGAUACUCAGUGGAGUGCAGUUGGCUGGAAAGGGGGGGGAGGUGGCGGCGAUGGUGUGCAGGCGGGGCCCGGGUUCAGCCACCGGUAGUUUGGAGGUGUGCGGGGGGCACGGGGAGGUGCAUGCUGGACGUGUAUGCUGUGCGGUGGGAGGCGUGAAGGUGCAUGCCGGCGCACGUGUUAAGAAAACUGGCCGCGAGUAAGAACGUACUGGGAUGUCGGAAGUUGACGCACGAGUGUGUGCUGGGAUGUGCUGCCGAGAGGCGGUUUGGGACCGGCACCGUGCCGUGAGGGCUGGCACAGAUAUUCUGGCAGCCGGGGCGGUGGGAAAGGGUACGAGAGGGAGUGACAAGAGGCAAGUUCAAGAAAUAAUGUCUUCAUUGGGGCCGACCAAAAGUGACUUCGUUGGCAAGUAAGGAAUGACGUUGCGUGCUCUUUUGGAAAGGA